AUGGACCCUUGUGUGGAGCCCGGGGCGCCGGGGCUGCGGGGGGCGCCGGGCACCGACUGCAGCCAAACCGUGUUCAAGCUGGAACCCGAAGGAACUCCAAGACACCCAGGAGUCACGUGCUUCCCGAGUAUUAGCAUCUCUUGGUUUUUCUCUCACAGUGAACAAGAACGAAACAGUGUAUCUGAAGAACUGAACAUGGUCAUCCAAGAAAUGAAAAAGUACCUUCCAGGGGAGAGACACAGUAAACCCAGCACCCUGGACGCCCUCAACUAUGCGCUUCGCUGUGUGCACAGCGUGCAAGGUAACUCUGGAUUUUUCCCGAUUCUCUGUCCAAGCGGAGCACCUCAGGCAGACAUGGCCGUGUACAGUCUGGAGGAGCUGGCCAUCGUUGCUUCUGAGCACACUUCCAAGGACACAGGCACCUUUGUGGCGGCGUUUUCAUUUCUGUCUGGAAGGGUAGUGCACAUUUCUGAACAGGCUGCUUUGAUCCUGAACUGUAAGACAGAGUUCCUGAUGUCCUCUCACUUCGUGGACCUGCUUGCCCCUCAAGAUGUGAGGGUGUUCUACGCACAUACUGCUCGAACUCAGCUUCCUUUCUGGAACAACUGGACCCAAAAAGCAUCACAGGAUCAACAUGCUCCAGUGAAAUCCUUCUUCUGCCAGAUCUGUGGAGGUGCAGAGAAAGAGCCAAGGAAGCACUACUCCCCAUUCCGGAUCCUCCCCUACUCAGUUCAUGUCCGUAGCACUGCCCAACCAGAACCAGAGCCUUGCUGUCUAAUGCUGGUUGAGAAGAUUCACUCUGGUUAUGAAGCUCCUCGAAUCCCAGUGGAUAAAAGAAUUUUUACCACAACGCACACCCCAGGAUGUGUGUUUCUUGAAGUAGAUGAAAAAGCAGUGCCUUUGCUGGGUUUCCUACCUCAGGAUCUGAUUGGUACAUCAGUCUUAGCAAACUUGCACCCAGAAGAUCGUCCUCUGAUGGUUGCCGUGCACCAAAAAAUCUUGAAGUAUGCAGGCCGUCCUCCCUUUGAACAUUCACCUGUCAGAUUUUGUACUCAAAAUGGAGACUAUGUCAUACUGGAUUCCAGCUGGUCCAGCUUUGUGAACCCAUGGAGCCGGAAGGUUUCUUUCAUCAUUGGCCGACAUAAAGUUCGAACGACUCCACUAAGUGAGGAUGUUUUUGCUGCCAGAAUAAAAAGGGCUAACAAUGAUGACAGAGACAUAACAGAAUUACAAGAGCAGAUUCACAAACUUCUCUUGCAGCCAGUCCACAUGAGUGCGUCCAGCAGCUACGGGAGCCUGGGCGGCAGCGGCUCGCAAGAGCAGCAAGUCAACAUCACGUCUUCCAGUGAGUCAAGUGGACACUGCGUGGAGGAAGCUCAGAAGGAGCCGAUUUAUGCCAGUGUAAACAAGAUCAAGAAUCUGGGUCAGCAACUCUACAUCGAGUCAAUGACCAGAUCAUCAGUAAAGUCAGUGAUGGGGACAUGCAUGGAGCUGCAGGGUGGUGAUAAGCAAAAGGACUUUGCUUCUUCCCAGACAUUGAAAAAUAAAAGUAUGUACACCGAUUCUUGGGGAGAUUUAAGGAAAGUCCAGCCUAGCCCGUCCUAUCAACAAAUUAACUGUAUUGAUAGAGUCAUCAGAUACCUGAAGAGCUACAGCAUCCCAGCUUUGAAAAGGAAGUGUAUAUCCUGUACAAACACAGCUUCUUCAUCUUCAAAAGAGGACAAGCAGACCCACAGCGAUGACAUCCCAGCACUGCAAGUUGCUGGACAGAUCUCAGCCAGACCGGAACAAGACAUGCCAGCAAAUGGACCGUCCACAGUUGCUGAAGGAGGUGCUGUGCGAACCCUGUCCACCGCAGCACUGAGCUUGGGGUCGAACAUAAGCCAGUGCAGCUACAGCAGCACCAGUGUCCUUGUCCCACCCCCAGAGUCAGCAGAAGAUGUUGCCCUUUCCUGUAAACCCUGGACCCCUAAGACACAGCCAGGUGCCCUGACUGAAGAAGAAUUUGAGCAAGUGGGCCUCACAGCAGCUGUUCUUUCUGCACACACACAGAAGGAAGAACAGAAUUAUGUUGACAGGUUCCGGGAAAAGAUCCUGGCGUCUCCCUAUGGCUGCCAUCUUCAGGAAAACAGAAACAAAGCGAAAUGCUCGUGUGUCCAAGUAGAUUCUACUUCCAAGCAGAGCAGAUCUGCUGGGGGCAAGAAGUGGAAGCACAGACAUAAGACGCCCACGCCGCUGGACGCCAGCAGCUCCAACACCGCUUUCUGUCCCCGUGUCCGGGGCUCCUUCAGGAUGUACAGCCCUGGGGCCCUUCUACUGCCUCCCCUCCCCACGCCGCAAGCCAUGACCUCCCUGGGAGGAGGAGCCUGGGGAGCUGCACCUGCACGUCUGCCUGUGUCCACCACCACCCAGUCUCUUCCAGCUCACCCCUCUCCUUACUUGGAUACUUUGAUGACCAUUUUCCUGCAGAACACCCCCAUCUUUCCUCUGUGGUCACCGUCAUUCUCUCCUUGUCCGUUCUUGGAGGACACAGGUUCUUCUGAAACGACACUUCCAGUACCAGCAGUGGCUCCAAACUUGGAACCACCUUCAUCAGUCAGCAUCCAAAGGAGAGUAGAGGACAGAUGGGAGACAGAGCGUGAAGAGCACCCGUGGGUUAGCUCAAAGAAGAGUUUGUCGUUACAGUUAAAUCAACUCCAGGAAAAAGUGCCUGGAUGUUCCCAGUCUCCAGAUGCAGUGAGAAGGAAUGUUUGCCCAGAAACUGAGUGUCCCCAUGUUACAGAUAAUGGCAAUAGGAUUGGUCAUUCCACCCGUGGUGAACUGUCUACGGCAUCUGUGUACAAAGACUCUCCAUCUGGAGCUGGCUCAGGAAGCAGUAACAGCAGUAUAUACUUUACUAAAAGUGAAUAUUCUUCUGAAAUCUCCGAAAGUGAACAGAGACCUCAGGAUAUACAGAAAACAGAAGCCUUUCCCAAGUUAGUUGAAGAAUCCAUCUGGAAAAUGAUAGAGCAAACACCAGAGUGCAUCCUGAUGACCUAUCAGCUGCCUGCGAGGGCUAAGGAAGCUGUCUUGAAAGAAGACCUGGAGAAGCUAGAAAGCAUGAAGCUGUGCCAGCCCCAUUUUUCUUCUGGGCAGAAGGAGGAGCUGGCCAAGGCACACUCUUGGAUUCAAAGCCACGCUGUCCCUCAAGAAGUGCACCCCCAAAGCUGUGUAGCCUGUGAAGACACAUGUUCAGCUGACGAUACUGCAGAGUCCCACGAAGUGAAUACAUCAGUUGAGUAACUGUGACGAUGUCCCUUCACACCCCUACCAGGUCAUGUGGGACACAGAAACUUCUGCGUACCUCUUACAUGUCGGCAGUCACCAACAUUGAGAUCGUCCCUUCCUGCUUUUGUUUUGUCUUCUCGGCAGCGCCGGGGAGCAAACCCAGGGCCUUGCGUCCAUUUGACCAGCACUCUACCAGCCCUUCCUCCUGGUGGCUGAAUAGACAUCAUCCUCCGCAGCUUGUACAUAGCUUCUUCUCUUUCCUGACACAUCAAAACUGCCAGUGUGAUGCCUAUUCUAGUUUAGCUGUCAUCUGAAGACAUUGGAUUGCCUCUGAAGAGAGGUCCCUCCAUGCUGACCAGAGGUCUGUCUGGCACUGCCUUUUGUUUGCCUUUGAACAGGGUGAGUGCUUGGGGGCAGCACAGUGAGAAAUGCACACCAGGGGAGCUGGGUGACCCUAGCCUUAGGGUACUGCAGAGUCCCAUAAGGGACCCUCCAGGCCACUUGCAGUUAUGUCUCAAGUGAGUGUAAUUGUUCACCUCACACUCAUUAUCUGGUGCUUGAACUUAGAGAAGGUCAUGAUCCCUUCUCAAACUGGGUAGCUGUGAAACUCAUCCACGCAGGUCAGGGGAAGGAUCUAGAAAAGGAAAGUCGCAGGAACCUUCCAACUUGUGUAACUUGCAGCAAUAUAACUUGUUUUUCUUUGUUGUUUUGUUUGGUUUUGUUUUAGGCAAACACCUCUUUCUCCUUUGACAUUUUAUAGCUUUUUAUAAAUACGCUGUCAUCUGGUCAGGAGAAUUUGUUUGUGAUGACUGCAGAGCCUGAUGCUCCAACCCCAGACGUCUGACUCAGACUUCCUUUCUAAAGUAAUGGUUUUCCUGGAUGGCACUCCUACCUUAAGGUGUCAAAAACAUUUAUAAAUUCUGCCUAUGAUAUGUCUUUGAGUUUUUAAUAUUAAGUAGUUCCACACAAAUGUUCUUGUAUGAGUAGAGAAUUCUCUCCGUCCUGGAAGUUAAAUGAUUUCUGAGACCUUUUGUGUUAGUCAAGUUGACCUUCUUCAGGAGUAAAGUCAUUAGGUUGUAUAAGUCGAAAGUGAUGUUUGGAGCUGCCAGAGUCAUUCUGCAUUUGUGUAUGAGUAUUUCAACUUUAUGCUCUCUGGCACUAGAGGCCCUUGCUGCUGUCCGGGGUAUUUGUUUCAUCUUUAAUUACACAUCCUUUUGCCUUAGUACACAUCUUAUGGGUGUGUGGAUCGUGCCAGGCUUGGUUUGAAACUGGUGCUUGCGGUAGACUGAUCUGUAAAGCCCUUUAUCAAGUCUCAGCCUCAUCAGGAAUGCCAUUGAGUGGACUCUUCCUGCUGCUGAGGAUGGCAGGGCCCAGCACAGAUUACUGCCACCCCCCGCCAGGGGCCUCACCCAGGGGAAACUUAUUUUUGUAUUAAUGACUAUAGAAUUGGUAAUGGAAGUGUAUAUUCUAGAUUUCAACAUUUACAUGAAUAUUUCCCAAAAAGCUUUAUUUUCUUGAGUCAGAAGUCAAAAUUUAUCAAAACACGAUGUUGUAUGAGUGGAAUUAAACAUUAAACGGCACAUCAUGAUCACAAGGUGAAUUUACAAUUAACUGAAUUUGCUUGUUUUUAAUGGCUGUUAAGUUUUAAUUGAGUGUCUUUUUAAGUAAAAACAAUAAACAGUGUACAUGUAAAUGUGGAGACAUGCUCUUGCUUUGUGUGAGCAAGCCUUUGAAUGUGUCGGAUCUCAGAACUGCUGGCUGUGAUCUGUUGAUGGUCUCCACACUGGGUCAGCAUCGCGCCCUCAACACUGCCUUCAUUGUAAGUGUGUCUCCGUUCUGUGGUGUGGAAGAGAGAGGCACCUUCUACUUAUGUGUUCUAGCCUCACUUCAGCACUGUGAAGAACUCAUUAGGUCCUGAGUAUUUGUGUAUAUAUGUAUAUAUUUAUCUAUAUGUAUAAUACUGUUAACAAUUUAGCAUCUAAUAUAUAAUACAUAAUGCAAAUAUAGUAAAAUUCAAUUAUCAAAAUUAUUCUUAGCUUCUGUAGAGUCAGCUUGUACUUUACAAAGCCUAUUACCUGGCAGCAACAAAAUCUAGACAUUAAAAUAAAAACAGGAUCCUGAAGCCAGCAAGGCCUUUAAAUUUAAUGCCCUUUGAAUCAUUUACCUUUCUGUAAUGACAAUAGGGAGAAGGCAGAAAGCUCAGUGUUUACGGCGUGGCCUGGCACGGCCUGUCCGAGUUCUUUGCAAAAUGUGUCUCGCGUCAUCCUCACAAUUGCCCUAGAACAAGGCUUGCUAUUCUCACUUUACAGAGAAGCUGGUAAGGCAGAGGGUGUGUUUUGUUGAAGGACUCAGAGGGUGUGAUUUGUUGAAGGAUCUGAACCUAGUAAUCUGUCAUAAGCUACUCUCCUAAAACCACUAAACCUGGUAUGGAUCUUGAUACUAUACUCUGCCAGAAACUGUUGGUCCGUCCCUUUGAUAUUAGCAGUGGGAACACGUGCAUAAUGGAACGCUGAUGUAUUUACACAGCUGUGGAGCCUGAAGACUAAUAACCUGCCUGCUCCAUUCCACAGUCUUAGCACGUGCCUCACUCUAAGAGCACAGAGGUGUUUCCCUUGAGCGAAGUCCGCUAUGGCACUAAGCUCACAAAGGGUGAGAGCAAAGUCUGGGUUACAGAAGAGGGAAAUGUUUAGGUGUUGAGUACUGUGUCCGGCCAAGAGCAUACAUGCAUCUAAGUUCAUAUACACACACACCUCUACAUGGAAACAGAGUUCAUAUUGUCCCAUGCCUUCACCUCCAAGUGCCUUUACUUUGGAGAUCUUUUCAAGCCAAGAUACUACUUUCAUGAAAAGUAGCAACUUGGCAGAGUGCCUGCCUUGAAUGCGGGAAACUCAGGGUUCAAUCCUCAUGAACUGGACGUGGUGGCACAUACCCAGAAUCCUAGCACUCAGGGAGUGGACACAGGAGAAUCAAGA